AUGCGGCUAGCGAAGGCACGAUUGGAAAUGCUUGACUCUGCGGUGCCGACGAAGAAGGAGCCCAGCGCGAGUGGUGAGGCUCCAGCAACGGUGGAGGCCGGCGCUGCGCCAUUGGCGCCCGCCAAUAACAAUGACAUCCCGGCCGUGACGGCGGCAAGGAAAAUCUUCAACUACUUGUCCCAAACCAAUUGGAUCGCGCGCACCGCCAAGGGGUUCAAUACGGAUGAGCCCAACGAGUUGGACACGGCCGAUCUGAUAGUUAUGUUCAAGCACGCCAAGCAGCUCGUCAUCGGGCAGCGCGGCGUGGUCCGGUUGACGGGCCCCGUCUGGGUGAUCGGCGACCUGAAUGGGAGAUCACUGGGCUUUAUAACCACCUGGCGUCUGUUCCAAGCCUAUGCGACAAUGGCCGAGCCGGGGACAAAGUUGCUGUUCCUGGGAAAUCUGGGCUCUCCCCAGGGCGCAGCGGGCGGCGCCCUGCCCAUCAUCUCACUCGUCGUCUCUGCCAUGGUCCUCUACCCUGACAAGGUCUUCUACCUGUGUGGAUCGUUCGAGGAGCCGAGGAAUGGGAGAGAAUUGCAGCUGACCGCCUUCGCUACCACCGGGAACGAAGAAGAUGCUGCAAAUACGGUCAUCUACGAAUUCUUUGCGCAGCUGCCUCUCUUUGCGACGAUUGACGAGCGGAUCCUGGCGAUGCACGGUGGCCCUUGUCCCGAGCUGAGCAAGAGCCUGUUGAAGCGCGGCUUCGACCCCAGCGACGCGAAGAUGAAAAAACUGCGCGCCACAACCCUUCAGAGUGCUCCUAACUGGUCCGCGAAAAAGUUUGAGAAGAAACGGGAUGGUCAGCCGGGCUACCUGUUCGGCAAGCAAGCUGUUGACGCCACUCGCAGAAAACAUCGAAUCGCCUACAUCGUCCGGGGCAGCGAGGCAAUGAAUUGCGGCGUGCGUUUUUUCGGCGACUGGCUCCUUUCUCUCUAUUCAAAUGCCACGGAACUUCAUUGGCAAGAUGAAGAUGAGGAGAAAACUGACGCUACAGGGAAACCUGUCAAGGUCACGCAUCAUUACUUUGGCUUCCUCGGUGCGCUGAAAUAUGAUGGAAACGGCUCCUUUACCAUGCUCCACCUCGUCACCUACCCGGAUUUCUACAAAUCGAUCGGCGAAUUUUGCAGUCGCUACGACAACGCUCUCGGGGUGGAUUUGGUGUUCUCGGACACGAACACUCCGCCCGACGAGCCCGUGGCUGAGCCGAAUUCGCAGGCGGAGACGCCGACUGCCGAUGCCACGACGCAGGAGACGACCGCGCCCACCAGCACGGCCCAGACGCCGCCGGCUGACUCGAAGCCCGCCGCUAAGGAGCAGCCGGUGAAGCCG